UCCCGAGUUUCUUGCGCUGCGGCCGUUUACGCCAAAACACAAACGCUCUGUCCCAAUAUCUAUUCUUUGAACCAUUCCACGCAUUGCAGGCCGUUUCUGCCAGUUUAAAUAUCGGGAAGUUGAUAUUGACAGACAAACUUUGUCCGAAGCUGGUUUCAGUCGAGGGAAAUUCCGCUUGGAGCUUCUCUCUUUGGCCGAUUGAAACCUGUCGCGAGGUCAUUAUUGUGCAAGGACUAGAAAAAUGGACAGAAGUAUUGCAAGCGUCAUGAAAGCAGUUGAACCAUUGCCAGAGGAUUUUGAUCCAAAGACUGUGAUUAAGGAUCCUGUACCACCAACAGCUGAAAAUAAUGGGAGUGUUUAUGCGGUGACCGAGAUGAGUGAGGAUAAAAGUAAAAGAGAAAUAGUACUAGGCAGGAAUGUUCAUACCACAUGCUUGGAAGUCACAGAACCAGAUGCUGAUGAUGAGGUGACAGGGGACAGGGAGGCUGAUAUGGCAAGUGUUUUGGCUAGAUACAGGAAAUCUCUGAUGGAAAGGACGAAGCAUCAUUUAGGUUAUCCCUAUAAUUUGGAUUUCGACUAUGGUGCCCUUGCCCAGCUGCAGCACUUUUCUAUAAACAAUUUAGGAGAUCCAUUCAUUGAAAGUAACUAUGGCGUCCACUCACGGCAGUUUGAAGUAGGUGUUUUGGAUUGGUUUGCCCGAUUAUGGGAGAUUGAGAAAAAUGAAUACUGGGGCUAUAUAACAAACUGUGGCACAGAAGGGAAUCUACAUGGCAUUCUAGUUGGGAGAGAGGUUUUCCCAGAUGGGAUUCUGUAUACCUCACGGGAAACGCAUUAUUCUGUUUUCAAAGCUGCUCGCAUGUACAGAAUGGAAUGUGUGAAAGUUGACACGCACUGUACCGGUGAGAUUGACUGCGAUGAUUUCAAGACCAGGAUUAUUCGUAACAAAGACAAGCCAGCAAUUGUAAAUGUGAAUAUAGGCACAACUGUCAAAGGAGCUGUGGAUGAUCUUGAUCUAGUAAUAAAGACACUUGAAGAUGCAGGAUUUUCACACGACCGAUUCUACAUCCACUGCGAUGGAGCUUUAUUUGGUCUCAUGAUGCCUUUUGUCAAACGCGCUCCAAAAGUCUCUUUUAAGAAGCCUAUAGGCAGUGUGAGUGUUUCUGGCCACAAAUUUGUGGGGUGCCCUAUGCCUUGUGGUGUGCAGAUAACAAGAUUGCAGCACGUCAAUGUUCUCUCCAGGAAUGUGGAGUACCUGGCUUCCAGGGAUGCCACAAUCAUGGGCAGUCGAAACGGACAUGCUCCCAUUUUCCUCUGGUACACCUUAAACCGAAAGGGAUACAGGGGUUUCCAGAAAGAAGUACAGAAAUGCCUGAGGAAUGCACAUUACUUGAAAGACCGCCUCAAAGACGCCAGGAUCGGCGCUAUGCUUAAUGAGCUAAGCAGCACAGUUGUGUUUGAGCGGCCACAUGAUGAGGAGUUUACUCGCAUGUGGCAACUAGCAUGCCAAGGCAACAUUGCUCAUGUUGUUGUGAUGCCGAACAUUACAAUUGAGAAGCUUGACAAAUUUCUGGAGGAGUUUGUGCAGAAACGAGCCAAAUGGUUUGAAGAUGGGAAGUGCCAGCCUCGCUGUAUUGCGUCUGAUGUGGGUGAGAAGAGUUGCCUUUGUGCCUUGCACAGGUGAAACUGUGGCUAGCCAUUUUGGGAACUACGUAGGAUUCUUAUAGAUGUGUUUGUUCAUUUGAAUUGUUGUGUGAGGCUUUGGUGGAAAUUUGAUACACUGAAUCUCGCAUUCACAAUUGUCUGUUGUCCAUGAUGUCUUGGUUUCUUCCAAGAAAGUAAUAGGCGAACGAAAACUUGUGGAGGGCUUGCUUUAAUGGUAAUGACUUGUCAUACGGAGAGCAGAGAGCUGUCAUAGUUAAAAAUGAAAAGUUAUCUUUUUUUGGAAGCC